CUUUGUCUUCCUCCACAUCUUCAGAGGCCUUAGAGUUUUGAUUGACCUCUAACGCUCUUGAUUCGACCAUCGGCUCUGUCUCUCCACUUUCCUCGCUAGAUUCAACCUCUACCGAUUCAUCCAUGUACUCAUUUCUAUCACCGUUGGCAUAACCAUGGUUGGGAUGCAGCUCUGUAACGACCUUCCUCAAAGAAAGCAAAGCUUUUUCUCUCGUGUUCUCAUCCAUCAGAGCCUCACAAGCCUUUUCGUCAUUGUGGGCCGUCCAUAAUCUUCGACAGCUACUCAAGAGGUCACGAGUAACCAAACAACUAACCUUAUCGCAUAGAGGCAUAACCCUACGGAGCCAUAUCGAUCUGAUUGCUUCAGUAUAAGCCUCUCUUUCGUCUCUCUCGCUUGCGAGGCACUUCGCUGUGCAUUCCACAGCAACUUUACAGUAUGCUUCCUUCACUGAUUCGGGCACUUUAGAACCUUCUCUGUGCAGAAUCUCCACUAGAUUCUCCAGCCGCUCGAGAUUCUUCUCCUCCACAACUCCGUCCUCAAUCUCCAUGAAAAUCCCUUCCAGAAUAGCUUCCUUCCACUGCGACAAUGCCAUCGUUGCCAACUCAACCAAACAAUGUUAGGGCUUUUCAGAGAGCUGCGCACUCUGUCGCUCGUCGAUUCCGUGUCUCGGAUUGGAUUAUACACGAAAGGUCGAUUAGAGGCGGAAACGGAGACGGAGACGAAGACGAGGCGAUGUAUGAAAACAACAACGUGUGGCAAGAGGGCAAUAGCGGCGGAAUCGGAUUCAUAGCGUGCAGAGAGGCAAGACCUAAGAAGAGGAAGCAGGAGACAGUCUUACAGCAGCACUUCUUCCCGAGUCGCUAUCUUCUCAGAACAAGAACAAUGUCUGCAGCGAAAUCCGCUUCGACCUUGGACAAUGUAGUGGUGAAGUCACCGAACGAUCGGAGGCUAUACAGAGUGAUUGAAUUGGAGAACGGAUUGUGUGCUCUGCUUAUUCACGAUCCAGAUAUCUAUCCCGAAGGCUCUGUUGCGGAUGGCCACCCCGAUGAAGAUGAAGAAGACGGAGAAGAAGAAGAAGGUAGUGACGGGAGCGAUGAAGAGGAUGAAGAUGAUGAGGAAGGAGACGAAGAUGAUGAGGAAGAAGGGGAAGGAGAUGAAGAUGAUGAUGAGGAUGAGGAUGAAGUGAAAGGGAAAGGGGAUCAUCAGACCAAAAAGGCAGCUGCAGCUAUGUGUGUUGCAAUGGGUAGCUUCUUGGAUCCCCCGGAGGCGCAAGGCCUGGCUCACUUUCUUGAACACAUGCUUUUUAUGGGUAGCACCGAGUUCCCCGAUGAGAAUGAAUAUGAUAGUUACUUGUCUAAGCAUGGAGGAUCCUCUAACGCAUACACCGAAAUGGAGCAUACAUGCUAUCACUUUGAAGUCAAGAGAGAAUUCCUUCAAGGUGCCUUGAAAAGGUUCUCUCAGUUUUUUGUUGCUCCGCUCAUGAAGACUGAAGCCAUGGAACGAGAAGUCCUUGCUGUUGAUUCAGAAUUUAACCAGGCCCUCCAAAAUGAUGCAUGUCGCCUGCAACAAUUUCAGUGCCAUACGUCUGCAAAGGGUCAUCCUUUUAAUAGGUUCGCAUGGGGUAACAAGAAGAGCUUGAGUGGUGCAAUGGAAAAUGGGGUUGAUCUGCGGGAAUGCAUUGUGAAAUUAUACAAGGAAUAUUACCAUGGUGGAUUGAUGAAACUCGUUGUCAUUGGAGGAGAAUCUCUCGAUAUGCUUGAAAGUUGGGUUGUAGAACUAUUUGGUGAUGUCAAAAGUGGAUCCAAAAUCAGGCCAACUCUGGAGGCAAAAGGUCCUAUUUGGGAAGGUGGUAAACUAUAUCGCCUAGAAGCUGUUAAAGAUGUUCAUAUUCUUGAUUUGACAUGGACUCUCCCUCCUCUUCGCCAUGCCUAUGUGAAGAAGCCGGAAGACUAUUUAGCACAUCUAUUAGGACAUGAGGGUAGAGGAAGUCUUCAUUCAUUUCUCAAAGCUAAGGGCUGGGCAGCCUCGCUGUCUGCUGGUGUCGGGGAUGAUGGAAUUAACCGCUCAUCUCUAGCCUAUGUUUUUGGAAUGUCCAUACAUCUCACUGACUCUGGUUUAGAUAAGAUAUAUGACAUCAUUGGUUACAUCUAUCAAUAUCUCAAGUUAUUGCGUGAUGUGUCACCACAAGAAUGGAUAUUCAAGGAACUCCAAGAUAUUGGGAACAUGGACUUUAGAUAUGCUGAGGAACAGCCUGCAGAUGAUUAUGCUGCGGAGCUCUCAGAGAAUAUGCUUGCUUAUCCGGUGGAGCAUGUUAUUUAUGGUGACUAUGUAUACCAGACAUGGGAUCCAAAAAUGAUAGAAGAUCUCAUGGGUUUCUUCACACCAAAAAACAUGAGGAUUAAUGUUGUUUCGAAAUCCAACAAGUCGGAAGAGUUCCAAAUUGAGCCUUGGUUCGGCUCUCUUUACACAGAAGAAGAUGCCAGUAUAGCAAAACUGGAAACUUCUUUAUCUAUGUAUGGUGAUAAACUAGAGCUUAAAGUGUAUGGCUUUAAUGAAAAGAUUCCAGCUCUUUUAUCAAAAUUUUUAGCCAUAGCCAAAUCCUUCAUGCCAAGCUUGGACCGUUUUAAGGUUAUCAAAGAAAACAUGGAGAGAGGGUUUAGAAAUACUAAUAUGAAGCCUUUGAACCAUUCCACAUACCUGAGACUGCAACUCUUGUGUAAACGAAUCUAUGACAGCGACGAGAAGUUGUCUGUACUAAAUGAUUUGUCUCUCACCGAUCUCAACAGCUUUAUUCCUGUAGUUCGCUCUCAGAUAUUUAUUGAGGCUCUAUGUCAUGGUAAUUUGUCGGAAGCCGAAGCGGUAAACAUAUCAAACAUAUUCAAAAACAGUUUGACAGUUGAACCGCUCCCAAGCAAAUGUAGACAUGGAGAGCAGAUAACGUGUUUCCCUCUGAAUGCCAAAAUUGUGAGAGAUGUAAAUGUGAAGAACAAAUCUGAAACAAACUCGGUAGUCGAGCUUUACUAUCAAAUCGAGCCGGAAGAAGCUCAAUCAACAAGAAUGAAAGCUGUGCUGGAUCUCUUUCAUGAAAUCAUAGAAGAGCCAUUGUUCAAUCAGUUGAGGACAAAGGAGCAGCUCGGUUAUGUUGUCGAGUGUGGCCCUCGCUUGACUUAUCGUGUCCACGGUUUUUGUUUCUGUGUUCAAUCUUCUAAGUACGGUCCAGUUCAUUUGCUCGGGAGAGUCGACAGUUUCAUAAAAGACAUCGAAGGGCUGCUGGAACAACUCGAUGAAGAAUCCUUUGAAGAUUAUCGAAGUGGUAUGAUUGCCAGAUUGCUGGAAAAAGACCCCUCUCUCUUGUCUGAGACCAAUGAGUUAUGGAGUCAGAUUGUUGACAAAAGGUACAUGUUUGAUUUCUCCCACAAAGAAGCAGAAGAACUAAGAAGCAUACAGAAGAAAGAUGUGAUCAAUUGGUACAAGACCUAUUUCAGAGAAUCGUCUCCCAAAUGUCGUAGGCUUGCGGUUAGGGUUUGGGGAUGCAAUACAAAUAUGAAAGAAACUCAGACAGAUCCCAAGUCGGUGCAGGUCAUCGCCGACGCUGUUGCUUUCAAGUCAACUUCUCAGUUUUACCCAAGCCUCUGCUAGUGAGAGAGAGAAUCCAACACUUAAAAACGAGUUUUGCUUCGUCUUUUUCUUUACCUCUGAUACUUUCAUUUACUCAAUUUUCUUAAUACUCAAACCUGUUAUAUACUUUGGGUUAAAACCACCAAAAAAUGUCGCUUUUUUGUUAUGAUUUGAGAAUAUUCAUUGAAAUUAUGUUUUGUCGGUUGGUUGAAGUUGAAAUCUAUUGCUCCAACACACGGUGGACAGCUAGUGACUUUUUUAAUUAAAUAGAAUAUAAU